UACGCGGCGCCCUCCAGCCUGAGCAAAAGCAACAUGCCCGUGCAGUGGAACGAGGUGAGCUCCGGCACCGUGGACGCCUUGGCCAGCCAGGCGAAGCCGCCCGCCUUUCCUCAGGGCAGCCUGGCUGUGGCGUCGCAGAAGCCGGCCUUUGGCCAGUACCCAGGCUACGGUCCACAAGGCCUGCAGGUGAGCCCCGCGGGCCUGGACAGCACCCAGCCACACCUUCAGCCCCGCGGCGGGGGCCCCUCUGCACCCAGGGCAAACUACGUGCAGCAGUUGCGACAGCCAGCUGCGGGCGGCCAGUGUCCCGGCCCGGCCACCACUAUGAGCCCCCAUGCCAGCUAUGGCCAAGCCCACCCCCAGCUGAGCCCCAGCACCGUGAGCGGGGCCUUCAGCCAGUUCCCGGUGUCCUGCAGCAGCAUGACGGCCAAGCCAGGCCACCUGGCACAUCUUCAGCAAACGCAAGUUGUGCCUGACCCUACCAUGAUGGGCGGCCGCCACAGGGAACUCGGGGUUCCCAGCUCGGCUCUGGCCGGGGUGCCGCCACCUCACCCGGUCCAGAGCUACCCACAGCAGAACCAUCACCUGGCGGCCCCCAUGAGCCAAGAGGGCUUCCACCAGGGCCCCAGCCUUCUGCCUCCCCACCAGCCCGGCUUCCUGGAGCCCCCGCCAGGCACGAUGGGAGGGGCGCCAUCAGGCUUCGGCCCGGUGCAGCCCCGGCCGCCCCUUGAGCCCAGUCCCGCCGGUCGCCACCGUGGGGUUCGUGCNNGACAGCCGUACCUGGCCUAUGCCAGGGACCCCAGCCACGCCCUGGAGACCCCAGAGGCUGUGCCCAAGGGCGCCGUGGGCAGCAUGGCGUCCCUGCCUCCUCAGCCGCCCCUGCGGGACGUGAGCGGGGCCCAAGACCACAGCAUGCUGUAUUACUACGGCCAGAUCCACAUGUACGAGCAGGACGGAGGCCUGGAGAACCUGGGAGGCUGCCAGGUCAUGCGGCCGCAGCCGCCCCAGCCUCAGGCCUGCCCGGACUCCAUCCAGCCGCAGCCCUUGCCCUCCCCGGGGGUCAACCAGGUGUCCAGCACCGUGGACUCCCAGCUCCUGGAGGCCCCCCAGAUCGACUUUGACGCCAUCAUGGACGACGGCGACCACUCGAGUCUGUUCUCGGGCGCGCUGAGUCCCAGCCUCCUCCACGGCCUCUCCCAGAACUCCUCCCGCCUCACCACGCCCCGGAACUCCUUGACCCUGCCCUCCAUCCCCGCGGGCAUCAGCAACAUGGCCGUCGGGGACAUGAGCUCCAUGCUCACCAGCCUAGCCGAGGAGAGCAAGUUCCUGAACCUGAUGACCUGAAGCCCCAGGCCUGUGGCCCCGAGCGGACCCAGAGGGAUCAUCGCUUCCCGGAGCGUGGGGGUUUUGUCCGUUUUGUCUUUUCCCAAGAAAGUAUUAAAUAGGCCUGAGGGAUUUUUGCCAAUGGCUGGUUCAGGUGACAGAUGUUUGAAGAAAAGGUUUAUGGGCAGCCUCUCUGGACUUUUGGAUUAUUUUUCUGAACGAUGAAAAAUCUCUCAAUAAGGAAAGGAAGGAAUGAAAAACUCAU